AUGUCCGGAGCCCACCAAAUGAUCAAGGAAAAGGCAGACAUAAUACCCAAGAGGUCGAGGUCGAUUUACGAGGCGAACAUGAGGUCUAUUUGGAUAUACGAUGGGGUCUAUUUCGUUAAGAUAAUUGAGAAUGGGCAGAAGGGCGACGAAGAACCGGAGCAAUACCGCGUUCGUUCGCUAGAGAGGGAAUUCUCCAUGAUGCUCUUAGCCGGUGACUGUGCGGUUCAACCUGUUGGUCGGGUAAACCUGAGGGGAACUCUAUGCGGCAUCAUCAUGCCUUUGGGAAUCGCAAUUUCACAGGACCCUCAUCCGUUCAUGAACUUACCACCACCACCACCACCACCACCCGGCACCAUUCCACCGCCCGAACACCUUAUCAAAGAGUUGACGCAGCUAGUUUCCAGUCUUCACGGAAAAGGAAUCAUACACAGCGAUAUCAAAGCAAGCAAUCUCAUACUCGACAAAACCACUUCUCGUCUCCUCCUCUGUGACUUUGGUUGCGCCGCUCUCGAGGGCAGGGAAGGAGGCAUGCUUGGCUCUACGUCGCAGUACGUCUCCCCCUUCCGUAUGGUCAUGUGGAAGGCGCCCCUAGCCAAGGCCGAUGAUUUGUACGCGACCGGAAUCACAAUCUGGCAGCUCUACACUGGUCAUGUACCGUUUGACAAUGUUGUUGCCAGUGAGGAUGAUUUCAUCGAAGAUGUGGUUGCCUGUGGCUUCCAGCCAAACUUGUUGGCCGUGGACGACACCGAGAUCCGUGAGCUGAUCGCUUCUUAUUUGGAGGCGGGAAAUCCGCCUUUGCCUGACGGCCGCACGGCCAGAGGCAAUUGCGCCUGUGUGACCGCGCAGGUGGUGUUUGCGGAUUGCGUUGUGGUACCGCCGCAUUCGUAUGAGAGGACUGUGCAUUGCGGAGGGUGCGAUUUGGAGAAAUGCGAAAAACACUACCAAGUUCCUGACGUACUGAGUCAUUCUGAGAAGGAGAAAUGUACUGAGUGUUUGUAA